AUGAUCACAAUACGCCGCCGCCCCGCGAGGCUACCAAUCUACCUGGGCAUCGCCCUCACUCUCAUCUUCCUCUGGCACACCGGCCUCCCCGCCGGCUGGGGCGCCCGCGAGCUCUCCUACAAUGGCAUUCGCUAUCGCAAGUCGAGCUACGACUGGGGCAGCUUGAACCUCGAAUAUCCUCUGACGAAGCCUCUCCGCACGCCGCCGAGAGGCAUGCCCCUCGAUCUCCCGCGCGUCCAAUACGACUUUGAUGGAAGUGGGAAGAAAGGCGGCAAGAAGAACAAGAAACUCUCACAUGAUGACGACCGGGAACGCGAGCGUGGGCAGCAGGUCGAAUCUCGCCGCGCCGCCGUCGUUCACGCCUUCAGACGUAGCUGGGAGAGCUACAAGGAGCACGCGUGGACGUGGGACGAGUUGAAGCCCGUCUCCGGAGGCGGGAAGAAUACCUUUGGCGGCUGGGCGGCUAGCAUGGUCGACGGCCUCGACACGUUGUGGAUCAUGGGGAUGCACGACGAGUUCCGUCAAGCCGUCCGCACCGUCGCCCUGAUGGACUGGUCCAACACCACCGAAUCGGCCGCGAACAUGUUCGAGACGACCAUCCGCCAUCUCGGAGGUCUCAUCAGCGCCUACGACCUCAGCGGCGAGCCCGCCCUGCUGGCCAAGGCCGUUGAGCUCGGCGACAUGCUGUACAUGGGAUUCGACACGCCUAACCGCAUGCCGCCGUUCUGGUUCAAGUUCUCCGAUGCCAAGUACGGCACCCAGCAGGUUGGCCAGCGCGAAUCCUCUGCGGCGGGAUGCUCGUUGUCCAUGGAGUUCACUCGCCUGUCACAAAUCACCGGGGAUCUGAAAUACUACGAUGCCACAGAGCGCGUAAAGGAGUUCCUCGUCAAGACCCAGCACGACACGAAACUGCCGGGAAUGUGGCCCACAUUCAUGAACUACCGCGAGGAGAAGGCGGACGACAGUUCCUUCACCAUCGGCGCCCAGGCCGAUUCCCUCUACGAGUACCUACCGAAAAUGCAUGCGCUGCUGGGUGGUCUCGACAGCGAGUACGAGAAGCUAACGACAAGCUCCUUCGACGUCAUCAACAAAUACAUCCUGUUCCGGCCCAUCCUCCCCAACAAGACCGAUAUCCUCAUCCCCGGUAACGUCUUCGCACACGGCACCAGCUCGGUCGACCUGACCCCCGAGGCCCAACACCUCGGUUGCUUCGCCGGAGCCAUGUACGGUCUGGCUGGUCGACUCCUCGAAUCCGACUCGUACGUCAACAUCGGCGAGCGGAUCUCCCGCGGUUGUGCCUGGGCCUACAAAGCCUUCCCCCUCGGCAUCAUGCCCGAGAUCAUGACCCUCUGGCCGUGCAACGAGCCGGACCACGGCGCCUGCGAGUGGGACGAGAAGUCACUUAGCCGUAUGGACGUCCCAUCAGGCGUCAAGCAGGUUCGUGACGCGAGGUACAUCCUCCGUCCGGAGGCCAUCGAGAGCAUAUUCUACAUGUACCGCAUCACGGGCGACGACGAGUGGCGCGACAUCGCGUGGGACAUGUUCCAGGCCAUCCAGCGCGCCACCGAGACGCCCUUGGCCUACUCGGCCAUCUCCAACGUCAACGUAGCGUCUUCCCAAUUGACGACCAAGACGGACUCCAUGGAGAGCUUCUGGUUCUCGGAGACGUUGAAGUACUUUUACCUUAUCUUCUCGCCGCCUGACGUCAUUAGUCUUGACGAUUGGGUGCUGAACACCGAGGCGCACCCCUUUAAACGGCCCAAGAGGACACACAGUGUCGAGACGGAGGCUGAGAUUCGCGGGCAGUCGUAG